AUGUCCUCCGGUAACAGACGGGUCUUCUUCUCGGUCUCCGGUGUCCUCGGUCUGUGCUGCGCGCUCACGGCGGCUGUGGUGACGGGUCUUCCUCUGUGGAUCCGCGGGACCGCGCUGUGCCGAACCGGGGCCGAGCUGGUGAACGCGACCGGACCCGAACUGGACAAGUUCCUGGGAGAGCUGAGCUACGGACUGUUCACCGGACAGCGGCUGAAGCAGUGCGGCCUGGGGGGGCGGGCGUCCCGCUUCUACUUCUUUCCAGAGCUGCAGAGCGUCGUCCCCACAGCGCUCCACGUCACCAUCAUCUUCUUCUGUGGCGUGGUCAUCCUCUUCUCCUCCGUGGCCACCGGCUUCUUCUUUGUCAACGCCUUUGGACGACCCUACGAGAUGCUGCAAGGCCCCAUGGGACUUUACCUGUGGACCUUCAUCUGCUGUGUGAGCAGCGGCCUGGUGAUGACCCUCUUUGCCUCGGAGGUGAAACUUUACCAUCUCUCUGAUCGGAUCUCAAACUUCAACGAGGUCCACUUCGUGUUCCAGACGCACAGCGAGAGCUACGACUGGUGCUUCUGGCUCUUCUUCCUCGUCUUCCUCCUGCACGGAAUCAACUUCCUGCUCAUCCGACUGGCGGGGGGCCAGUUCCCCUUCAGGGAAACCAAAGAGUCGGACGGCAGCGGGGGGGCGGACCUCAUGUACUGACGGAGGCUUAAGAAAACCAGAAACUGAUCCAGAGUCUGUAUGAGUCCACAUGAAGAUAGAGACACAUCCAAUAGAAACGUCACA